AUGGAGAUCGCACUGGUGACUCUGGAGAACGGCGGCACCACGGCCAUCGCGGGCGGCGAAGAUGCCACGGCCGGCGGCAGUGCCCGGGCUCGGCGGAGGGGCAACUUGCUGCACAUCUCCAGCCCAGCCGCUGCCGCUCCACGGCUGAACGACGGCAAGGAGGGUGCCCCGCCGCUGCCGCCGCUGGAGGACGAGGAGCGGCCCCCGCCGGCCCCUCGGGGAGGCGGCGAGAGGCCCCGCAGCGGCAGCGCGGGCAGCCCCAACGAGCGGGCGGCGGAGCGCGGAGCGGCCACUACGCACCAACCGCAGCCGCCACCGCAGCCGCCGCCGCGCCGCGGUGCGGGGAUGGAGAUGGGCCCUUCGGAGGAAGGGGGGCACCGCCAGGGCAUGGCCAUGGCGGCGGCGGGCGAGGAGGAGGAGGAGGAGGCGGCGGUGGCGAACCAGGGCGCCAUGCACCACCAGCGGGUGCUGAUCAACAUCUCGGGGCUGCGCUUCGAGACCCAGCUCGGCACCCUCAACCAGUUCCCCCACACACUGCUGGGGGACCCGGACAAGCGCAUGCGUUACUUCGACCCGCUCCGCAACGAGUACUUCUUCGACCGCAACCGGCCCAGCUUCGACGGGAUCCUCUACUUUUAUCAGUCCGGGGGCAAGCUCCGUCGGCCCGUCAAUGUCUCCAUCGAUGUCUUUGCUGAUGAGAUCCGCUUCUACCAGUUGGGUGAGGAGGCCAUGGAGCGCUUCCGGGAGGACGAGGGCUUCAUCAAAGAGGAGGAAAAGCCCCUGCCCCACAAUGAGUUCCAGCGACAGGUCUGGCUCAUCUUUGAGUACCCUGAGAGCUCCAGCUCAGCCCGGGCAAUUGCCAUUGUCUCCGUGCUGGUCAUCCUCAUCUCCAUCAUCACCUUCUGUCUGGAGACCCUGCCAGAAUUCAGGGAUGAAAGAGAGAUGCCUGUGCCCCAGCCCACACAAAGUGGAGGCUUGAAUGGCACGACUGUGGAACCCCAACCGAUGCAGCCACCCAGUAGUCUUUCUGACCCCUUCUUCAUCAUCGAGACCACAUGUGUUAUCUGGUUCACCUUUGAGCUCCUUGUCCGCUUCUUCGCGUGCCCCAGCAAGUCCGAGUUCUCCCGCAACAUCAUGAACAUCAUCGACAUCGUGGCCAUCAUCCCCUACUUCAUCACCCUGGGAACUGAGCUGGCCCAGCAGCAGCAGCCUGGGACUGGUAGCAGCAAUGGGGGUGGAGGCCAGCAGCAAGCCAUGUCCCUCGCCAUCCUCAGAGUAAUCCGCUUGGUCAGAGUGUUCAGGAUCUUCAAGCUCUCCAGGCACUCCAAGGGGCUGCAGAUCUUGGGACAGACCUUGAAAGCGAGCAUGAGAGAACUAGGCCUCCUCAUCUUUUUCCUUUUCAUCGGGGUGAUCCUCUUCUCCAGUGCUGUGUACUUUGCUGAAGCUGAUGACCCCGAGUCUCAUUUCUCCAGCAUCCCUGAUGCCUUCUGGUGGGCAGUGGUAACCAUGACCACUGUGGGAUAUGGGGACAUGCGACCUGUCACCGUGGGGGGCAAGAUUGUGGGUUCCUUGUGUGCCAUUGCGGGUGUGCUCACCAUUGCCCUGCCUGUCCCUGUCAUUGUGUCCAACUUCAAUUACUUCUAUCACCGAGAGACUGAUCAUGAGCAAGCUGUUCUCAAAGAUGAACACAGUAGUGCUCAGGGCAGUACAGCGGGGGGAGAUGUGAAGAGAAGAGCCAGUAGAAACUCUCUGAACAAAUCUGUUGUGCACUUGGAAAACAAUGAGGGGUUCAACAAUGGUACAGGCUCCUUAGAGAAAACUAAUAUCAAAGCAAAGAGUAAUGUAGAUCUCAGAAAAUCCCUCUAUGCUCUCUGUCUGGACACCAACAGGGAAACAGACCUGUAAGGAGAGAGUUAGUUCAGAGAUGCAGAAGUAUUUGCUGGUGUCAGAAACUUACUACUAUAAUUAUUCUUUUGGUACCAGUUAGUUUUCUUAACUCAGGCUAUAUUUUGUAAAUUGAUCACUGUCCUGAGUAGUCCUCCAGGAAUACAUGUUUUUAUGUUCUUUUUCCAUGACACAAAGGGUCACCUAUUUUUAAAAUAGACUAAGAAUAAGCUACGCUCCAUGAUGCAGGAGUUGGUAAAUUACAACAGUGCAAAAUCUGAUUUGUAGAAACUUAUUUUGGCAAGUGGCGGUUGUUUUUAAAUGGGUCAUUUGUAACCAAUUCAGUUGCUCCUUGUUUAGUAUUGAGUUGGAGGA